GUUUGUGUCCUCUGGAAGCAACAGAAUAAUAAUCUGGUUUCAUUUAAAGUUUUUCUCUUUGCUGGAUGAAACUACAAAACCGUACCUCCGCAGUGACGUCACACAUGAGAGAAGGGGAGGGGGGGGGGUUAAGUCAAUGGGCUCAAAGUGGUUUACAAACAGGAGGACCCGAGAACUGAGUGAAUCAGAGGACCUGGACACCUGAAGACUUUGGAGACCUGAGGACCUGAGGACGGAGCGAAGCUUCAUCCCUGAAAUCUUUGACUAAAAGAAGGAGCUCUUCGUGAAAUGAUCAGAGGGACAUCAGGGGGCUCUUUUCUGUGUUUCAUUCUCAAAGCAGGAGGAGAGAGAGUCCGCACGGAGCUGCAGAGGAAACAUGAGAGCAGAUUUAGGAGAGUCUCGUAAAGUGUGAGUCUGGCUUCAGACUGCAGGAUCUCACGGAUUUAAAAAAAAACGCUCUGCGGGGUUUUUAGAGGAUCUGGAGGAUUUUGAAAAGGAUUGUUGUCGCUUUGAGGAAAAGAUCCGGGCGGGUUGUUGGGGGGGCCGAUGGAGCCGAGGAAAGCGUCUCUUGUGCGGCUGCUGAUCGUCGCGGUGGUCUCGGUGUCAGUGUGCAGCUUUCCAGCGGACAGGAACUCUACAGAGAUGACAGAAGGGAGUCGUCAUGGCAACGACCUCCAGACUCUCGAGGACCUCCAGCAGGAGAAUCUGCUGCAGACUCUGCCUGCUGCUCCGUCUCCUCCCGGGUCCAGGCUCCGCUGGUCCUUGCGCCAUCAGCAGGGUGUCAUCCCCCCACCAGCGCCUGAAGAAGACCCCGACCUCUUCGUCCUGGACCUGAGGAACUUUCCAGAACUGGCAAACGCAGAUGUGGGCUCCCAGAACCCCAACAUCCAGCUUACCAUCGAGGUGGUGGACGACCCCCAGACCGAGGUGGAGAUGGAUCUCGCCAAAGAGAACCAGCGUAACGACUGGUCAGCGACGUCAUCAGAGUGGGCCAACAGCCACAGGAAGCUGUUCUGGCCUCUGUUCUGGGAGUACCCGGAUCAGCUGGAGAACGGGAGGGCCGGUCUGGAUGACCAGGUUGAGGACUACAGCUACGACCCCAAAGAGCCCGUCCUGAGCGGAGUCGGGGGGGACGUGGGAGGUCACUGGAACAAAGACUGGGAUGCAAAGGAAAACUACGAGUUCGAGGAGGACUGGAGCGACUGGGCUCCCUGCAGCGCCACCUGUGGACACGGCACUCAGAAACGCACUCGGCCCUGCGGCUACGCGUGCACCGCCACUGAGUCGCGCUCGUGUGACCUUGAGAGCUGCACAGACUCUGUUCUCUCAGUGACUGAACAUCCGAGUGUCCAGACGACCAACAGCUCAGACUCUCUGGAAACAAAUGUGGACAGCUGUGAGAAGUGGCUGAGCUGUAAGAACAACUUCCUGCAGAAGUACCUGCACCAGGUGCUGACGGAGUUACCCAGCUGCCCCUGCUCUUACCCCUCUGAGGCCGUUUACAGCGCUGUCAACAUCGCUGACGCCAGCCUGAGGAAGACGUACCGCUGGAGGGACGCCAGCGGACCCAAGGAGCGCCUCGACAUCUACAAACCCUCCGCCCGCUUCUGCAUCCGCUCCAUGCUGUCCUACCACAGCACCACGCUCGCCGCGCAGCACUGUUGCUACGACGACCAGAUGAGACUGAUCACGCGGGGGAAAGGAGCCGGAGCCCCGAACCUGAUCAGCACCGAGUUCUCCCCCGAGCUGCACUACAAGGUGGACGUGCUGCCCUGGAUCCUCUGCAAGGGGGACUGGACCCUGUUCCACUCAGUGAGACCCCCCAACAACGGGCUGGACUGUGUGCCGAACCCCCCCGACGCAGAGUUUCAGACCGAACUAAGAGAAGCCAGAGAGUACUGAUGACAGGGAGGAGACCCAACGAGAGGGACAACAGGGGGGAGGGGGGGGGGGGGGUGCGGACAUGUUGGAUGUUGUGGACAUUUAAUCCCUGCCGCCUCCUGAAGGCUGGAGUUCUGUUUGAUUCUGUUCGGGCGCUUUUUGAAGUUUAUUUUCUGAAUCUUUCAGUCGAACGCUUUUACAGAAACUUCAGUUUGAACGUUCAAUAAUGUGAAGACAAGAAACACACACACCUCUACUGCUGAACAUUUAUUAAAGGUUAUACAAAGACUGUUUAGAGCAACUUAGGACGCUUUGUGUUGCUGCUACUGUGUGUGUGUGUGUGUGUGUGUGUGUGUGUGUGUAUGUUUAUUUAUUGGUCGCUGUAUUUUAAUAUCUUUUUUUAUUCCUUAAAACUAAAUGUUUCUGAUUGACAGGAAGCCAGUAAGGUAUCAUGUCUUGUUUCCAUGGUAACAGCCUGAGCUCCUGAGAGUGUGUUACCUGUGAGUGUGUGUGUGUGUGUGUGUGUGUGUGUGUGUUGAAAAAAUCAAUAAAUCAAAGCAGGUCAUUAAGAAGAAGCUGGCGCUGUAACAAGGAAACAAAGCUCAGUGUUGGUGUUGUUGUUCCAGAGUUCAAAUAAAACAUCUGUUUCAGAGCUCGGUGGUUUGCAUGAGAA